UUGGAAGGACAGAAGGCAGAUGAACCCCAGAAGAGCAGAAUCACUUUGACGAACAGAGCGAUGGCAUAUCACACGCUCACCGUUGCUGUCUUGAUUUUUCUGUCCAACCUGUCUGUGACACUGGCAGACGGCACUGUGACCUGCUACAGAAUUGAAGCGGGGGCAAUGGCAGGGAUCAUCUGUGCAGAUGUUGUUCUGACCCUCGUUAUCGUGAUCGUCACCUACCGGUGUGCCAGAUCACGACGUCUGAAAAUCGAUAACGCUGAAAAAGUGUACAUGAAUGUCCGUGCCAACUUGAAGAGUACAUAG